AUGACCGUUACUGCUGUCGCACCCGAUGCUGUCUUUGACCCCGAGCUUCACUACGGCGAUGGCGACGACAACGCCUUGUACAACCUAUUUGCGACAUGGCCGGAGAACUAUUUCAGCAGCCUUCCUAAGCCACACGGCAAUCGCGGAGUCGACGAGCCCUAUUGGGAAUUACGGCGGUCACGAAUCUUCCUGGACGACUGCUUCCGCGGUCGCGGAACGCGGCGGCUGUUCACCCCUGUAGUUCCAGGCCCGGACAAGCUUGAGAGAGAGCGCUUGCACGAACAAGAAUAUUCAGACGGUAUCGAGCAACGCACGAGAACCACGGUCACUUUCCGGCCCGCUCUAUAA